GUCCGACCGACCUAGCCGAUCGUUCCACCGGGUCGCCGCACCAGCCCCUCCUCAAACACCGGCGGUGGUCAUGCCGCCUCCGCCUCCUCCGCAACCCCCACCCCCUCCUCCUCCGCCGCCUUCGCCUCCCAACCGUCUCAACCUCAACGCCCACCGCCUCCCUCUCCCUCCCGCGCCGUCGCCUCCUAGCUCGCUCCUCCUCGCGCCGGGCCCCUCGCCGUCCCGCGCCCUCGCGCUUCUCUUCCCGGACGCCUCCGCACGCCUCUUCGCCUCCCUCCCGGCCCCCACCUCCGCCGCCUCGCCGCCCGCUCCCGCUCCCACCGCCGUGCCCUCCCCGCUCGCCGCCGCCGCCUGCUUCACGCUCCUGCUCCCCUCCUCCCACCUCGUAUUCCUCUCCGCGCACCCGUCCCCCUCCUCCCCCGCGGUCCACCUCCGCGCCUACUCCCUCGCCUCUGGUCGCUUCGCCCCCGCUCCGCUCUCCUUCAAGCGCCACGUCUCGGCCUCUGGCAUGCCCCUUAACGACCUUCCGUUCGGCCUCGGCGCCCGCCUCGCGGGCGGGGUCAACGCCGUGGCGCUGCUCUCCCUGGCCGCCGGGCAGAUCUGGGUGCUUGCACCGAGGAUGGCCGCGGACGGACGGACGGUCGAGCUGCACAAGUGCGCGGUCGUCGAGCUCGAGCCAACACGGCCGGUCUAUGCCAUGGAGGUCGCAAUGGGGAGGCUUCUGCUCGGCGAAGCUGGCGGAGUACGCGUGUUCCCGUUGAGGAGUUUGAUGAAGGGCGGGACGGAGAGGAAGGGGAGGAAGGAGGGUGCCGUGGCUGCAGGAAAGAAGAGCUUGUACAAGAAGAAGAACGGGAUUCUUAAUGGGUUGAUUGUGCCAGUUGAUCGUGGUAGUGGCGCCCGACGUGGUGAAGAAGAUGCUGUUUCCAAUUGUAAGCUUGCAACCUUGAGGGUGAAACAGAGUUCAGGGAGCUAUUCCUCUUCCUUUUUGGUAUUCAAUCAAGAGGAUCCUAACACACAAGGUGGUAUAAAUUUGAUAAAAGCAGUUCAAGCCAUUUCAAUCCACCCGUUCUCCAAGGACAUGUUUUUGGCACUUGAUUCGGCUGGAGUGUUGCAUGUCUUCAUUCUUCGAAAUACUGAAUUGGUCACAGAAGCUGCCAACACAUACUGUUUGGAUUGUGACAUGAAAGUGCAACUGUUUGCUGUUUUUCCAAGUAGCUCUGCGAAGACACAAAUAUUUUGGGUUUCAGAUGGUGGACAUUCCAUACACAUAGUGCCAGCAUUGCCGACAUUUGAUGUUGAGUCCCUUCAAAACAAAUAUAGUGAUGGGGAAAGAGAGUCAGCAGCCAUUAAGCUUUCAGCUAUUGAAGCAAUCUUUACAAGUGAAAAGGUUCAGGACAUUGUACCUAUCUCCAAGGAUUCAGUCCUUAUCCUUGGUCAAGGCAACAUGUUUUUAUAUGGAACUGCUUGAAUUUGGUUUGUCAUCAUAUGUGUGGUGGAGACACAACUGUUGUUUGGAUCAUGAAUUUGCAGUUUUGGAUGGUAUUCUGGACAAUGACAGGAGUGCAGUGUUUGUUGAUCGUGAAGACACACUUGUUUGCCUGUUUUUGAAAUCAUGAGCAUCAUUAGUAUUUAAUUUCAGUAAGCAGAUGAAAACGCAUGACUUCCACAGCUACCACCAAGAGUUGAAAGUUGCAGGCUGUUCUCUACCUUGUGUCAACUAUCUAAAAGUUUAACGUAGAAAAGCCCCGAGCCCUCUUUCAGCACAGCUCAUCAGUACUUCUGAAGUCUGAACAGGUGAGCCAGAUUAUGCAUGGAUUACGAAGACCCAGCUGUUCUGUAUUCAUAUUUGCAUGCCAGGACAACGCCAUUUCUAGUUGUGAUGGCUGCAAGAAAGGGGUGGUUGAAGCCCUUUGCGCAGGCUCAGCUGUCGUCGAAUAUGGAUCAGCACCAAGUGGGUCAGUUAUGAACUGCUCUCUUCUGGUGCUCGACUAGGAAGUCGAUCUACUGUGAGUGAUGUCUUGGAGCCGAGAGUAGUGGGUACUUGUAAUUGCCAAGCUAUGGGCACCUCAGAAACCAAUAACGUUGCGCUAGUGCUGUGACUAGAUCAACUGCUAAGUCGUCCUCUGUUAUGAUUUGAUCUUCCUACAGUGUGCUAGAGUUUGCUUGCCCCUUACUGAUAAUCCGAAACUAGUUGUUUGUCUCUCUUUUUCUACCGUAUCAAUUUUGGCUCUCUGUUGUAAUCUUUGGAUUUAGCAUGAAUUGCAAGUUUGUAACCCCUUGUUUUUUUUAGUUAUGUGAAAGUGAAUCAAAGAGGUCUCAGAACCUGUCAAACACAA